CAUACACUCAUCCUCGCUACUCUCAGUCUCAGGUGUGCAUAAAAGCAGCUGCAGCAUCCCAGCCCUCCUAAGUCCACGGAGUAACUGCAAACAUGCUGAGAUUCGUCCUGCUGAUCGUCCUCGCCAGCCUCGUGCUGGCUGAGAUGCCCCAGAUUGUGCCCAGGUACCUGGAGGAUGGUGCUGAGGAGAGGGUGGUGGGUGGUGAGGUGGCCCAUCGCGGCUCCUGGCCCUGGCAGAUCUCUCUCCAGUACAAGUCUGGAAACGGCUACAGGCACACCUGUGGAGGCACUCUGGUCCAAAGGGGUUGGGUGAUGACCGCUGCCCAUUGUGUGGACACCCCAAGAACCUGGCGCGUUGUGCUCGGAGACAACGACUUCAACACAAAUGCCGGCACAGAGCAGGUCCGUGAGGUCAGCGAAGUGUUCAUCCACUCCAACUGGGACUCCAGCAAUGUUGCCGCUGGGUAUGACAUUGCCCUGCUGCGUCUGUCUAAGGAUGCCACCCUGAACCCCUACGUGUUGCUCGGCGCCCUCCCUACCCCUGACGAGGUUCUGCCCCAUGACCACCCCUGCUACAUCACCGGGUGGGGCCUCACCGCAACCGGUGGUGAGAUCUCAACCCAGCUGAAGCAGGCCUUCCUGCCCGUGGUUGACCAUGAGACCUGCUCCAGUGGCAGCUGGUGGGGCAGCACUGUGCAGGACACCAUGGUGUGCGCUGGAGGCGGCAGCGACUCUGGGUGCAACGGAGACUCUGGCGGCCCCCUGAACUGUAAGGUUGAGGGCAAGUAUGUGGUCCACGGUGUGGCCAGCUUCGUGUCCUCCCAGGGAUGCAAUACUGAGAUGAAGCCCACUGUCUUCACCCGUGUGUCUGCUUAUCUGGGCUGGAUGGAGGAGAUCAUUGAAUAAAUCAGACGAUAAAAUCCAACCUACCUCAAGACCAGUGAAGUCAUCCUGGUUCCUCCCCCCAAGCAUCUCCAAAUCUAAAUGUGUCUUUGUGAACUAUUUCUCAAUAAACACAGUUAAACCCAGUCUUUCUUCAGUGUUCACUUUCUUCAGUUAUUUGUAAGUCCUUUCUUGGAACAUAUUGCAGAGCUCGUUGAAGAAUGUGCAAUACUCUGGGAAACUAAGCUAAUAUUUCUCAUAAUUUUUUGUUAUU